AUGUAUCAAUCUAUAUUGAUACUUAACUCUAUACGUAUCUACGACAUCGAACCAGAAAUCGAAUUCCGUAUCGAUAUUGAUUUUUUUCUUCAUUUCUUCCUUACUUUCUUGUUUCCUCUCUCUUCUCUCUCUCUCUCUCUCUCUCUCUCUCUCUGUUUUUCGCGGGCUGCGCUUAAGGAUGGGCCAAUCAACUUCUUGCUCGGCAUCUUCCUCCCGAGUGCAACUGACAUAUUCGAAUUCCUUACCUACCUGAUCCUACGAAUGCGUCAUUGUCAUUAUAAGAACUUCAGGAUUUGUCAGAUUCGACCUCACCAGUCAAUGAUAGCGAUACUUCGAUUUCAAAUUCUAUCUGUUAUUUCCACUCUCACUAUUUCUUUCCAUUUUUGCUCUCAACUUCUCUCGCCACCUUUUCUCUCUCGCCUUCAUUCCCCCUCCUUCCCGUUUCCUCUCUCGCUUCCCGUCUCUUUCUCUCGCACGUUCUCUGUCUUUCCAUUGUUCACCUUUUCAACCUGGCCUUCUCUCACUUUUUUCUACUUUCUCUCCCUCUUCCUUAAUCUCCUUUUCCUCUUUCUCUCUCACAGUCACUCUCUUCUCUCUGGGUUUUCCCUCGCCUAUUCCCUCUCUCUCUCUGAUUCCUUUCUCUUUCUCUCUCAAUAUCUUUAUAUUCAUUAUUUUUUUACAGACAUUGUUGUUUUAUAG